AACAUUUGUCUUUAAUCAAGCAAAAAUGCAUGCAUUGCGCCAUACAUUUUCCCCAAACUUUGGGCGGGAGUCGACGGGAGAGUACGAGAGCUAUAACAUUGUCAGAGAUAACCAUAACAACGGCACGUUUCUUGAUUUUCCGGUACCGAAUAUGUAUGGAGUGGUUCAUCAUCAGACCAGCUUAGUGGAUUCUGUUUCGUCGGAGGGAAACGGAAUAGGCAACAAUUCGGUCGUGAUCAAGAAGCUUAAUCACAAUGCUAAUGAGCGUAACCGUCGCAAGAAAAUCAACUCUCUGUUCUCAUCUCUUCGUUCAUGUCUUCCAGACUCUGAUGAGCUGAAGAAGCUAAGUAUUCCUAAGACGGUUUCUCGGAGCGUGCAGUACAUAACGGAGCUGAAAGAGCAAGUGAAUAAGCUAAUACAAAAGAAGGAAGACAUCUUGGUGCGACUGUCGUGUCAAAAAGAACGUUACGUUAAGGCGCAACCAAAGGUGAUUACUAGUUAUGUUUCCACCGUUUUUGCGACUAAGCUUAGAGACAACGAAGUGAUGGUACAAAUCUCAUCGUCCAAGAUUCAUAAAUUUUCCAUAUACAAUGUGUUGAGUGGACUAGAUGAAGAUGGGUUUGUUAUCUUGGAUGUUUCAUCUUUGAGUUCUCGAGGAGAACGACUCUUCUACACUUUGCAUCUCCAAGUGGACAAGAUUGAUAAUUACAAGCUAGUUUGCGAAGAGCUAAGUCUAAGGAUCCUGUACUUGUAUGAGGAAUGUGGAUACUCAUCUAAAUGA